UCAAUGUUUAAGCUCAACAUAUAAUUAAUGUUUUUUUUUAUUUUCUGCAAAAGAACAGUCUACAAUAUUUCGAAAGCAUCCCGUUUGAUGAUUUAUUGCGAUUGACAACAGUCAUUCACAGUAAUCAGUGCUUAGAGUCUCUCUAUUAAAUUAUUCAAUUAGGAAAUUUUAUUUUAAAUUAGCCAAUCGACACGUGAGCAGUCGGGCGUCCAAUGAGAUUGCGAACAUUUCGUUGUGGUAAUACGAUUACAAAAUGGCAAACAUUUAACGCCUUUAGGAACGCACGGCGACGUCAUUUGCGCGUCGGUAAAUAUUUGAAUGAGAGAGAGGCAACGUAUUUGGCCGUUGUUGAUGAUUGUUGACGGACUUGCCGGACGAUUAUCGAAGUGAUUUCUGUUAUUGUCAGUGCUGUUUUUUUAUUCAGUCGCAAGACGACGAGUGGCGAACGAGGUGCGCAAACCAGGUGGACACUUGGUAUUUCAACGCAAAUAUUGGGACCAUAUCUUUGUCAGAACAUACGUUCUUGAUGCCUUCGCAUGACAGCCGCACGUUGCAAGUUCUGCAAAACACUUACGAUGAGCUGCAGCGUUAUUAUGUUCUUCUACGACUGAUCCGGGCCGAUCUCGAGAGAAUAACGAAGAACUUUGCUGCCAUAAACGGAGUAUAAGAAUUAGAGAACAAGUCCAUUGGAGUUUAGAAAUACAAAAGAAAAGUUAAAUAUUUUUUUAUAUAAAAUGGAGUCUCGAAAGUCUCUAAUGCAUAAGAGAGUGGAAUCCUUGCACAAUUCGCCGACUUCUUCGUCGCCGUUGCGGAGAAAGUCCAUCGUUCAAGCCCUGUCAACGAGUACCUUUUCAGAGAAUGACGACGAAGCAGAGCGUAUCGCUCGUCGACGUGAGAUGCUCACAUCGACGUCGACAUCGCCGUCCACUAGUAGCCGAAGAUACUCUCUCGGCCUGGGGUUCUUGUCGAAUAUUCCGGCGCCCCAGAUGGCCGAGAGUAUCAAUCAAUGCAUAAAAUUGAGCACCGAAAACAAGAUCAAUAUCAAGAACGCGUUUAGCCUGGAAAUGAUCGACUUCAUGAUAUACAUGAUAAAGAAGCAGGAUGUCAAUAUGUCGAAUCUGCAGGUGGCCAGCACGUCCUUAGAUGUGAGUACCAAGAUUUAUGGAUAUCGCGUAGACAGUGUGCACAUGGAAAUACUCAAGAUGGUUGGCGGAUUGGACAAACGGGUCGUAGAUGGUAUGGAGCAGACGGAGGAGCAGGGAGAAACCAUGCAAACGGAAGAUGGGGAAGGUGCAAACGUCGAGACGACACAGAAAAAGAAGAAGAAGAAAUCAAAGCAGAAGAUUUUCAGCACCAUCGAGGCCCUAAGGGGCAACAUCGAGAUCGCAAAACCCAUGUCGGUGAUGAUAGGCGAGGGGGACCUGCAGACCAGUGACAUGCUGUACCAGGCGACGCUGCCAAACCACGCAAAUUCCGGUUUUUAUCAGCAUCCGUACAACGACGUGCUCGUCGACGUCCUGGAGGACACAUCGCGAAAUAAUUCGAAUUCGGCAAAGUAUACUGUACCAGUGAUCGAGGACUUUUCAAAUCUGGAGAUCUGCCCAUCGUACUCUAAUUUUGAGUUUCUCGGCUGGUCCGUGGACGAUGAGCCGGAAGAGAUGCCAGAGGAAGAAAACGAGCUCCAUGACAACACCGAUGAUGGCAACAGAUUCCAAUUCGAUUUAGACGCGAGUGUGGAGCAUGACGAUGAUCCGGCGCCUGAGCCCAUGAAUUACUUUGACAUGGAGCACGAGGCGAACAAUGAGAACGUUCAAACGUGUCGUCAGGGAACGGCGGAUCAAUCAGAGCAGGCGAAUAUUGUCGACGCACACAGCAUCCGGACAUCUGAAUACUCUUUCGUCCAACCGGGCAUAAGCUUGCAUUGGGCCGGCCCGGCUCACUGGAAAUUUCGAAAUUUCAUGAGAUCGUCCGCUGGGAUCGAGAACAGUGACACCAAGGAAGUAGCUUGCAUGCAGACCAAGCAGCGAAAGAAGAAGCAGUUCGAGUUUUUGUACGACGAUACUACACGAGAUAUCGUGGACGCCAAGUUUACUUUGAGCCAAUUAAACAAAUUACAGUCAAAGACUGCGAAAGCGGAAUGGAGCAUCGAGAAUCUGACGCUGCCAGAGGACGUGCAUUACGACAUCACGCAAAUGAGCAAGCUCUACCUGUAUCACAAAAUCGCCGUAAAGUUGCCGAACGAUAGAGAGGAAGCGGACUCGGUGGCCAUUGCGGAUGUGUCCGACGGCGAGAGAUACGACUACAAUAAUCCGAACGACACGCAGGAAUACUGUCCCAAUGUUGAGCACGAUGACGAUUACGACGAUUUCGGGAAUAGAGAUGUCAAUGAUGAUUGUAACUUCGACGAUAGCGCCGCUGUGUUGAGCAGCCAGGGUCUCACCGGUGACAAUCUGGUAGCCGCGCCGAAGUUGGUCAAUAAAAUACCUAUCGCAUACUGCUUGAAGGCGAAGAAGAUCGACAUGCGGGAGCUGAAGAAAUCGAUAUGGUCCUGUCUCAAGUUCACGAACAACAACGCGACUGCGACAAGCCCUAAAGAGAUGGAGGCGGAGGUUGACACGAUAAAAGAGAGGAAGCAAUUCAGCGACGUUUAUAAGUCGUUGCCGAAAUUACUGACGAAAAGCAACGCCGAAGCAUUGAGCGUACCGAUCUCCUUUAUCUCCCUGCUGCAUCUGGCAAACGAGAAAGGCCUGAGUCUUCAGUCGGUACCGGACAUGUCCAAUAUUAUCAUCGAGCCUGGAAAACCGACAACCUGAGAGACUUCGUUUUGUGUGUACAUAUUCAAGCAGACAUUGUUCUGAAUGUAAUAUUCUUAAAAAAUUGUAUAUUAAGCGUUUUACACAUAAUAAAAGUUAAUAUUUUUUUAAGGAUUGAUAGAAAGCGAAUUUUGUACAAUGCCGUAAUACAAAUUACAUUGUAAACUUAUUUUUUAUGACAAUAAUAUGGCGUAUAAAUUCUAGCGAAUAGUAUUUGAAAAUGAAGAAAAUAUUGUAAUAAUUAUAGGACAACGAGAUAGGAUAACGAGUUUAACGAACUUUUAUGAAAACUCGGCGGAGAUACUAAAAAUUAAAUAAACUUCUAAUCAAGAGAUUAUGAUAAUACUUGUACAAAUGUGAUUGGUUUACCAGCCGUUAGCUUAAAAUUGUAUUCAACGAUAGCUGAGAAUGUCAUUCGAGUUUUUCAAUUUUUCGUUGGUUUGUCAAUUUGUCAGAUUAAUAUUGCCUAGAAUUUUUAUAUAAAGCGAUUAUAAAUUACAGUUAUCGGAAAUUGUUGCAGAAAUUUUAUAUAUAUUUUUUAAUAUUUGUAUUUAACACGAUACAACACCGUACGAUAAAUACGUAUACGUGUAUAUUUUUGUCAUACAUAAAAUAAAAUAUCUUUAUACUAAAAUUUAAAAAA